GACCUGAAUCCCAACAUGCAGUAUGAGCCGGGCACCAUUUUAAGAACAAAUCCUGCCCCUUCACAACCAUCCUAUCCUUGCUUCACGUUCUUCCUGCCUGAGUUGCAGAACGAGGAGGAGCCUGGCGAGGCGGAACAAGCGGUCAACGAUGCACCUCCACCAUACAGCAGCAUUUCGGCAGAGAGUGCUGCUUAUUUUGACUACAAAGAUGAAUCGGGGUUUCCAAAGCCCCCUUCGUAUAACGUGGCCACAACCCUGCCUACUUACGACGAAGCUGAAAGAACUAAAGUCGAAGCCACCAUCCCCUUGGUUCCAGGAAGAGAUGAUGACUUUGUGGCCCGAGAUGAUUUUGAUGACGCCGACCAGCUGCGGAUAGGAAACGAUGGGAUUUUCAUGUUAACUUUUUUCAUGGCGUUCCUCUUUAACUGGAUUGGGUUUUUCCUGUCUUUCUGCCUGACCACCUCAGCUGCAGGCAGAUAUGGCGCCAUUUCAGGGUUUGGCCUGUCUCUGAUUAAGUGGAUUCUGAUCGUCAGGUUUUCCACCUAUUUCCCGGGUUACUUUGAUGGGCAGUACUGGCUCUGGUGGGUUUUCCUCGUUUUAGGCUUUCUCCUGUUUCUCAGAGGAUUUAUCAAUUAUGCAAAGGUUCGGAAGAUGCCAGACACCUUUUCAACUCUUCCCAGGACCAGAGUUCUCUUUAUAUACUAAAGAUGUUUUCUGGCAAAUGCCUUCCUGCCUUGACGAAUUCCCCCCAAGAAGCAACAGGACACGGGCAGGAAGUGAAUCAAGAUUCUGCACCCAGAAGAAUAAAUAAAUCACCUGCUUUAAAAAAAUAAAGGAAGUACUGUUGAAGAAGAACAUCUCUCCCUAUCUCGCUGUCUCUCUCUCUCUCUCUUUCCCUCUGUCUCUUUCUAGGUGUAAAAUUUUAAUAGUUACUGCAGAAAUCUGUAAUCAUUAAAUCAUUAGUGGCUAAUGUUUGAGGAAGCUAUCUCGCAAUCCAGUCUGUGAUGUACUAAUUAAUGCCUUAUACAGUAUAUUGUUUGUAGUCAUUUAAAUGGCAUGAGCAGAGCUCCUGGUAGUCAGUAGGGGGCGGGCUUGCUUUAUUUCAUUCUCCAUCUUCCAGUGAAUUGGGGAUUCGAUAUUUGAGUGUAAGAUAUGUUUCAAUGCUGGCCAUUUUGGAAGGGGUGUUCUCAAAAGUCGGAAAACCUUUCGUUACGACUGCAUUUCUGCCCGUGAGAUGUUUUGGCCGUUGAAAAUAAAUCAAUCCAGACCGGUGUGCCGCGUCUGCCCCCGGAAGCAGAAUCAGGGCAAAAAUCCAGCAGGUAAAGUCAGGCCCGGGCCUUCUUACUGGGAAGGAAGCACGAAAGUCGUUUCUGAGAGUUGUUCGUGUAAGGUUUGCAGCGUUCUAACUUCCGGCUUGUGAAUUUCAGAAGCGUUUUCACGCGGUGCAGGGGUGGCAACAGUGACAGAGAUCACAGAAUUACUCAGUGUCACUCUUUCGAUCUCUCUCUCAAAACCGUCUCUGUUGUGGUUGUCGUUGGGCAAGAAGGGGUGCCGGGACAGGAACCAAAAAGGGGAAUUGGUUUGGGGACUUUUGAGGUGAUCCCUAACAAAACCGAACCGCAGUUCUUGCUUUUCUAAGGUGUUUGCAGAUGAUCCCUCAAAGAACUGAACUAUUUGCCUUUAAAAUGUGUUAGCAGGAACUCUAAGAUGUGGUUACAAGUGUCGACUGAUGUGCACUUUUGUGCUUUCUGCCAAGUGGUAAUUCACUUUGGAGUUUUACUAUGUUAAAACUGUAAAUAUAGCAGAACGUGAAUAAAUGUCACUUAUGGUAGCAGUUUUUUCUGUAGAUUAGUGUUUAAUUGAGAAUCCACACUUUCUUGGUUGUAGCGACUGAAGACUCAACAUUGCCAGCCUGCGUGUAUCACUUUGAAAAAGGAUUCAGGAAUUGUAAAACUUUGGAUGGCAAAACUCUCUUUAUAAAUCUUCAUUUUUCCUGA